ACUCAUCUGCCCGAGGGCACAGUAGGAGGGACGGAGGGAUCUCCCAUGAGCUCCGAGGGCGAGCUUUCAACUCAGGCGAGGAAACUUCCAGACCUUCCCGUCCACACCUGAUUGACAGAAGGAAGCUGUCGCGGCCCAGGAGGCGAGUGUGGGUGUGCAGAGGUGGAGACAAAACCUAAAAGCACGCAGAGCUGGCGAGGGCUUGCCGUCCUGGACGGUAGGGGUCUGCGUCUGGUGCCACCUACUCCAUCAGGCUACUUGCUGGGUCCACCAAGCCUGACCCCUCCAGCCAGGAGGGGAUCACGGAGUGUGCCCCCGCCCGGGCUGCUGCCUGCCGGAAGGGGGCUGGGAAGCCGGGAGCCCCGCGCGCCACUUCCCCGGCAGCGUCAGUUUCACCCAGGACUGGCUCGCGGUUCCCUCGUGGCUCUGCGCGGAGGCCCGCCUCCUCCCUUCCCUCCCCCAUCCCGCCCGCUGCCUCCGCCUCCUUCUUCUGCCUCCACCCUCAAACCCCAUCCCCGCCUGACGGGAGCUAGCCCUCAGUCCGCCCGAGCUCUGGUUGUGGGCGCCGGACAAGUCCAAGGCGCCUCAUCCCAAUAUGGACAGCCGCUACACCAGCACUGCGGGCAUCGGGGACUUGAACCAGCUGAGCGCUGCCAUCCCGGCCACGCGGGUAGAGGUGUCCGUGUCCUGCAGAAAUCUUCUUGACAGAGACACAUUUUCUAAAUCUGAUCCAAUUUGUGUCUUAUAUGUACAAGGAGUUGGAAAUAAAGAAUGGAGAGAGUUUGGAAGAACUGAAGUAAUUGAUAAUACUUUAAAUCCUGAUUUUGUAAGAAAGUUUAUUCUGGACUACUUUUUUGAAGAAAGAGAGAAUCUUCGUUUUGACUUGUAUGAUGUUGAUUCAAAGAGCCCCAACUUAUCCAAACAUGACUUUCUGGGACAAGUGUUUUGUACAUUGGGAGAGAUCGUUGGUUCACAGGGAAGUCGCCUGGAAAAACCAAUAGUAGGAAUUCCAGGGAAGAAAUGUGGUACAAUCAUACUUACAGCAGAGGAAUUAAACUGUUGCAGGGAUGCUGUUUUGAUGCAAUUUUGUGCAAACAAAUUGGACAAGAAGGACUUCUUUGGAAAAUCAGAUCCUUUCCUUGUAUUUUAUCGAAGUAAUGAAGAUGGCAGUUUUACAAUUUGUCACAAGACAGAAGUUGUGAAAAACACUCUCAAUCCAGUAUGGCAAGCAUUCAAGAUCUCAGUCAGAGCAUUGUGUAAUGGAGACUAUGACAGAACAAUCAAAGUAGAGGUGUAUGACUGGGAUCGAGAUGGAAGUCAUGAUUUCAUUGGAGAAUUUACAACAAGCUAUAGGGAACUUUCUAGAGGACAGUCACAAUUCAACGUAUAUGAGGUGGUGAAUCCCAAAAAGAAAGGAAAAAAGAAAAAAUAUACUAAUUCUGGAACAGUAACUUUACUCUCUUUCUUGGUAGAAACAGAAGUUUCAUUCCUUGACUACAUUAAGGGAGGGACACAAAUCAAUUUCACAGUGGCUAUUGAUUUUACAGCAUCAAACGGCAACCCUGCCCAGCCCACUUCCCUCCACUACAUGAAUCCUUACCAACUGAAUGCCUAUGGUAUGGCACUAAAAGCAGUGGGAGAAAUUGUUCAAGAUUAUGACAGUGAUAAAAUGUUUCCAGCUCUAGGAUUUGGUGCAAAACUGCCUCCAGAUGGAAGGAUAUCUCACGAAUUUGCUUUGAAUGGGAAUCCUCAAAACCCCUACUGUGAUGGCAUUGAGGGGGUCAUGGAGGCUUAUUACAGGAGUCUGAAAUCUGUACAACUAUAUGGGCCCACCAACUUUGCUCCUGUAAUUAAUCAUGUAGCAAGAUAUGCUUCUUCUGUAAAGGAUGGCUCCCAGUAUUUUGUGCUUCUGAUUGUUACAGAUGGUGUUAUCUCAGAUAUGGCCCAGACUAAGGAGUCCAUAGUUAAUGCCUCAAAACUUCCAAUGUCAAUAAUUAUAGUAGGUGUUGGACCAGCAGAAUUUGAUGCGAUGGUCGAAUUGGAUGGAGAUGAUGUAAGAGUCUCCUCUAGAGGGAAAUAUGCUGAAAGAGACAUUGUGCAGUUUGUGCCAUUCAGGGAUUAUAUCGACAGAAGUGGAAACCACAUACUGAGCAUGGCUAGAUUGGCUAAAGACGUCCUAGCUGAGAUCCCUGAGCAGUUUCUCUCCUAUAUGAGAGCCCGAGGAAUCAAGCCAUCACCUGCGCCUCCCCCAUACACCCCACCUACACAUGUGUUACAGACUCAAAUAUGACUGCGCUCUGAAAUGCUAAUGUUAAUUACAAAUCAGAACUGCUGAGUUAAUGCUUUGUGCCUGGUGCUCUGUAAUGAACCAGGCAAUGAGAUACUUUUCUCAGUUUGGUUUCAGCAGUUAAUGUGCUUUCUUGGAUCCAAAAUUAAAUCUCUUCCUAAACCAAAACUGUAAAUAUGGUUGUUGCAUGAGCAACAGAAAAAAUUGUUUAAAUGCUUGAAGCAAAGUACGGAUGUCUUCUCUAAAUCUUUCUUUCUUUUUUUUUUUUUUAACAGAAACAGCUAAUUUCCAAUGUAUUGUUGGGAAAAAGCACAAACUAUGUUUUUAACUCACAUAUCGUCUUCGACUGCUAUGUGUAUAGGAAAGCAGUCUCUGUAUCAAUGUUUACAUGUUACUACUUUUUAAAUUUCAAUACUUUUAUAACUGUUCUUAAAAAUAUGAGUUUUGAAUACUGAAUCCUUUGUCUUCUAAAUUGCAAUAGCUAUAAUCACAAGAGCAAUAUCUCUUUGAAUGACUGUCUGGACAAACGCAAUUGCAAAUAAGGGAAGGGAAAAAUGCUUUUCUAUUUUUCAGUAACCGGAUUGUCUUAAGAAACUACAUCUGCUUAAUAAUCAAUUUCUCAGCAAUGUUUGCUGGGUAUGGGAGUUUAAGCCCGGCAGAUGUGUCUCCUGGUUGAACAUGCAUUUUUCAUGGAGUUUGGGUUCUAAAUUUAGACUGGAGUCGGUUUGUAUUUUGUAACACUAAGUAGAAAUUAUAAAAAGUCAAACAUUGUGAUCUAUAAAUGCACAGAAAAUCCUUUGUAAAAAGUAUCAUCCUUAUAUAAUAAUGCUAUUUAGAAAGACUGAAACCAAGACUAUUUAACUGUGAACUAUGUAGCAGAUGUUUUAAACUUUUUAUUCCAUUAUAUCUUGUCUAGAUAUUUUAAUUCAAAGGGAUACUGGCUCUCUUGAUCGGGAUUUCUUGUUAUCACUAUUCCACGUUGCCACACAAGGUGCACAGGCUGGAAGUCUUUUGUGAAAUUCCCAGUUAAAUAUAUACAACUAUGUGACUUAGUGCACAACACAUUUGUGAAAUAACCUGCUCCUAUAUACUGACCUGCCUGUCCACGAAUAAUUGUAAAGAGUUUUUGCAUGUACAGUUUUUACAAGAAUUACAGUUUUGUGAAGUUGUGUCUAAAUUAAAGCAUUUCUUUAGAACAAAUGGCCUUAAAUUCUCACAGAAUUCCUGGAAAUGAUUGUGAAUUGCCUUCAAAUAAUAGAGAAGUGUAUUUAUUUGUGUGUGUGUGUGUGUGUGUGUGUGUGUGUGUGUGUGUGUCAAAAAUGUAACUGCUUUAUAAUAUUUUUUCCUUAACUGUAUAUUCUAUUUAAUACUUGGUUUAUUUCUACUGUACAUUGUUUUCUUUGUCCCAAGUUGACCUAGAGUGACUUUUAUAAGCAUGAAACUAUUUUACUGGAAAGAAAAAUAUAUACAUCCACAUAUCUAACAGUAUCAAUGUUACAUAACUAUGUAAUACUCAAUUGUCAAUUUUUAAUUAUGUAUUAAAAUCUUUAAAUCAUAACUGUUUGCUUUGUACAUUUCAUGUAUGAAUGACAAUAGUUUGAUGAUUUCCUUUGCUGAUCUUAAAUAUUUAUGCCAGUACAGUGUAUAACCUACAGAUUUUUAAAUUUAUCUUUAUCAACCCAAAAAACAAAUAAA